ACCUUGUUCACGGGUUUAUUUAUGCAUAUUUAAUUCUCUCUACAUCUGCUCAUAGAAGCUAAAGGUAGGAAAAGGGAUUAAAUCAUUUAAUCCAAUUCCCUGUAACAUGACAUUCAUUCUACCAAAAUGUCCUUAGUCCAGGAAAACAGCUAACGCCUAAUAAUGAAUGACACAACGGUCCUCGAGUUUCACCCUCCUGCCCUGUGGACAGCAUCCCAGCCUUCGUAAGGCAGACACGGCGGGGCCUUCUCCGUCUCAGCGGGCUGCUGCCCCUCUGGGGCUUGACGUGCCAUAAGCCUUGCCUACCUCAUGCCAAGACCAUUUCAGCUGGAGACGGACGGCAAGAAGACUGGGGCGCGCCGCGCUUCUCCCACUUCCUUGGGGGAGUAGGGGGCGGGAGGACGAGCUGGCAGCGGGAGCGGCAGUUCCUGCGGCGGCCUCGCCGGGAGCAGUCCGGGGUGGAGGCCCCGCGCCGCCCCUGGGACCCAGCCCGGAAGGGCCUGCGGCGGCGCAGCAGAGCUGGGCCACCCCCGGGGCUGGAAGCGGGUGGUCCCUCCCAGGCCCGGCGUACUGCGAAUCCGCACCGCGCGAUUCUCUGGCCCCACCACCACAUCGCCUUCCCGCCUGUCGGCGGGCGCCAGGGUGUGCGGCGCAGGCGCGGACGGCGGCGCAAAAAAUGUGUACUUCAGCAAAGAGCGACACUACGUUGGACGCAUAGUGGGUUCCAGUUCAUUCUCUCCUCCAACAGUUUUGGGUUUCACUUAACAUCUGGAAGGCAUUUUUUACCAUCUGUGAAAACUUCCCUAUAAUUCAUUUUUCCUCACUCCAGUAUUAAGAAUUAUACCAAGUAAGUGGAACAUGGUAAAGGUAAUUGUCAAUUUUGUAACAUCCCUUGCAAAUGUAAUUGUACAAUGGUUGCCAUAUCUGUUUUGUUCUCAGUAGAAAGUUAAAUGUUACCUCAUAAGUAAGAAAUAACUUUUGAAAAUUAUAUUAUGAGAUUCUAAGUGAUGAGGAUAUUUUCUGGAAGCCAGGGGACUGAUACAGAUUUGUGACAAUUUUUUUUUUUAAUGGUAGGUAUCACUUUUACCUUGAAAACUACAUCAAAAUAUUCCCAAUUAUAAAAAAUGUACUUUUUAUUCUUAGUGUGAUACCAUAGGCACAAUUUUUUUAUAUAAAAAAUAAUUUAUACAGCUUCUUUUAAUUAUCUAGUUCUCAACAAUUAUAGCAACAUUUGAAAAAGAUUUCCGAUCAAAUCAGAAAACAGAUCAGGGUCCUGCCUUUAAACUUGAUUAGUAAAAUAAAUCCAAAAUGCAAACAGAGCCAUUAACAUUUCUUUCUUUCUUUUUUUUUUUUUAAACAUUUCUCUUAUGAAGUAGAUUUCCAUGUGGCACGUACAUUUUUUAUUACCAAUAAAUUCUUUGGUUAGAAGGAAUUUUUAUAAGUUACAAUCAGUGUGAUACGUUAAAUUUUUCCAUUUUUAGAUUGAAAAAAUAUGAAUGAAUAUCCUAAAAAAAGAAAAAGGAAGACUUUACACCCUUCUCGUUAUUCAGAUUCCUCUGGAAUAAGCAGAAUUGCAGAUGGAUUCAGUGGAAUUUUUUCUGACCAUUGUUACAGUGUUUGUUCUAUGAGACAACCAGAUUUAAAGUAUUUUGACAACAAAGAUGAUGAUUCUGAUACAGAAACAUCAAAUGACCUGCCAAAAUUUACGGAUGGAAUCAAGGCCCGAAACAGAAAUCAGAACUACCUGGUUCCCAGUCCUGUGCUUAGAAUCCUAGAGCACUCUGCAUUUUCUACAGAAAAAUCUGCUGAUAUUGAAAUUUGUGAUGAAGAGUGUGAUUCACUUGAAUCAGUCAACCAGCAAACUCAGGAGGAGAGUCCUAUAGAAGUCCACACUGCUGAAGAUGUUCCAAUUGCUGCAGAAGUGCAUGCCAUUUCUGAAGAUUAUGAUAUAGAGACAGAAAACAAUUCUUCUGAAAGUCUCCAAGACCAAAUUGAUGAGAAUCCACCAGCUAAACUUUGCAAAAUUCUUGACAAGAACCAAGCUUUGAAUGUGACUACCCAGCAGAAAUGGCCUUUACUGAGAGCUAAUAGCAGUGGCCUCUAUAAAUGUGAACUCUGUGAGUUCAACAGCAAGUAUUUUUCUGAUUUAAAGCAGCAUAUGAUCCUGAAGCAUAAGCGAACUGAUUCAAAUGUGUGUCGAGUAUGCAAGGAAACUUUCUCUACCAACAUGCUUCUAAUCGAACAUGCCAAAUUGCAUGAAGAGGAUCCCUACAUUUGUAAAUACUGCGAUUAUAAGACAGUAAUUUUUGAGAAUCUCAGCCAGCACAUUGCAGACACUCAUUUUAGUGAUCACCUUUAUUGGUGUGAACAGUGUGAUGUACAGUUCUCCUCAAGCAGUGAACUCUACCUACAUUUCCAGGAACACAGCUGUGAUGAACAGUACUUGUGUCAGUUCUGUGAACAUGAAACAAAUGAUCCAGAAGACUUGCAUAGCCAUGUGGUAAAUGAACAUGCAUGUAAAUUAAUAGAAUUAAGUGAUAAGUAUAACAAUGGAGAACAUGGACAGUACAGUCUCUUAAGCAAAAUUACGUUUGACAAAUGUAAAAAUUUCUUUGUAUGUCAAGUAUGUGGUUUUCGGAGUAGACUUCAUACAAAUGUUAACAGGCAUGUUGCUAUUGAACAUACUAAGAUUUUUCCUCAUGUUUGUGAUGACUGUUGCAAAGGUUUUUCAAGUAUGCUAGAAUAUUGCAAACAUUUAAAUUCACAUUUAUCUGAAGGGAUUUACUUAUGCCAGUACUGUGAAUAUUCAACAGGACAGAUUGAAGAUCUUAAAAUUCAUCUAGAUUUCAAACAUUCAGCUGACUUACCUCAUAAAUGCAAUGACUGCUUGAUGAGGUUUGGAAAUGAAAGGGAAUUAAUAAGUCAUCUUCCAGUCCAUGAGACAACUUGAUUAUUCUCUUUAAAUGACAUAAUGUAAAGUAAUAAAUUUAACUUUUUUUGGAGAUGUUAAAAUUGAUGAUUUUAAGCACAACUUAUGGGAAUUGCCUUUAACAAGAUUUUUCAAAUUGUCCAAUUUUCUUGACAUUGCUUCAUUUUUCAGUAUGUAAUUGUAUCUUAAAUGUGGUAUUUUCAAUGUAUGGUAGUUCAUAGUUUAACCACUCUUGGUGACUAGAAUCCUGUUUCUUGCGUGUGCUCUGAUUUCAUGAAUUGGUAAGAAACAUGUAUUAAUGAAGCUAGACUAGUUUUCCUUCUGGAACCAUAGGGGCUAUUAACUUUAGUUUUUAAACUCAAACUCAGUUUUUCAGGUGGCAUUAAAGUACUGCACUAUCAGAACUAAAGUGCAACAUAAUAUACAAUUAAGCCCACUGAUACUCCCAUUAAUAAGAACCCAUACCCUCUUUUUUACAUUCUCCAUCAGUAAUUUUCCCCAAGGCAAUGAUUCUUUUAAUAACACUAGGAGGCCAGUGUUAUAGUAGGAAAGAAAGAUCUGGUUUUCUUGGCAGUCUUUUUUUCUUUUAACUUUAUUUUAGCCCCUAUGUGUUAAGUAAUUUAAGAUGGGAGGAUAGGAAGAACUGGUAAGCAUUUAGAACAAUUAAAAAAGUAACAUUUCAAAACUCAUAACUUGUCCACAUUUCAUUUGCAGUUAUGCAACUGCAAAGUCAUGCCCAAACUUCUGAUGUCAAAUCAUAUUGACUGAGAAAACCCACUUAAGUAUUAAUAUAAUAAGGAAGUUCUGGGAGAUAAGGAGUUGUUGACUGAUUAUGUAUGAAUUACUUUUGAUAAUGGUAAAAUAAUCUUAGCUCUUAUAUUAGAUUCUUAUGACUGCUGUAACAAAUUGCCACAAACUGA